AUGGAGGAUACCCUUGAGAGAAACGCGGAGCAACUGCCGGUCCCGUUAGAAUCGAGGUCGUCCCAAAUCCACAUCCACCAUCAUCAUCACUACCACCGGCGAACAGCCAGCGAAGGUGGGUCCCAGGGGAAGCGAGAGGCAGGCAGUUCCAAGAAAAACACAUACCGGUCCAUUAAGUCGCUGACGCUAAACAACCUGGAUGCGAGACAGCACUUUCUAAUCGCAGUGUGUCGAGAUGUGUCGCUGCUUCCGCCGCUGCUGUCGCUCGCGCAUUCUCUUAAAAAAGCAUGGUCGCUGUGGUACCGCAAGGACAUGCUCUACGCCACGGACAACAACAGCGGCUCUCUCACGAUGAGUUUCACCAAACUGUGGCAAACCUACCGGACUUUGAGGACGCAGGCGUCCUCAGGGGGCACGGAUCUCUCGUCUCAGCUCAUCACCGCGCGUUCUUCAGAGUACAUACUGUGCUCGCUGUGGUGCGUGGUAUCUGCAUAUCUUACUUACGCAAUUCUCGAUUCGCUGAUGGUGCGCUGGAUUGUCAAGUACUCCACGAUCGCAGCCAUCCUGCGCAUGUUCUCAAUGUCGCUUCUAAUCAUCACAGUGGAAAUGCUUCUGCUCUCCUCUCUGUCGCCCAAGGGCGACUACUACCUACACACCUGGAUUCUCAUCAGUUGUGUGCUCACAGGCGCCUACAUAUGGCAGAGCUUCUUGACCUCCGACUUGAGCUACGUUGAACAGAACCCUAUCUCAGCUGGCUCUACUUCCGCGUACGGCCGUCGGUCCUCGUCAUCUCAUUCACUAUCCGCGCUGUCUGACCCCACAAAUGCAUCCCAGGAAGACCUAGCGCAAACGGCGUCACGCAAGAAAAAGAACGCGCAUACCGUCUUCAACUUCGCAAAGAACAAACAGAUUCACUUUUACAACAUUACUGUCUUUUGUGUCGUCCCUGUUGGUUUUGCGAGCUUCAUUACCAUGAUCGGCCUGUUGCGGAACCUUGUAAUACAAAGGCUCGAUGUCGAGCAACUGGAGCGUAUUAUCAGAGAAGUCUACAACGACUGA